CGCUCCAGUAUUCCCAGCGCAGAACAACAACUGACCUAGAGAAACAAACUUUGACAAACUUCAGAGAAAAGCCCUUUUGAAGUUUAUUAAAGUUACCCUCCGUGAUGCGUGGCGGUAUUUAAAGCGCUCCGGCCGCGUGACAGAUGUGUAGUGGCCGUUAGUGCUAGAUGGAGUCGGGCUUCGGUGUCCAGCGGAGGGCCGGCGGAGUCUCGCCCGCUGUGGGAGCGUCGCAGCGCCGCAGGAAGGUGCCACCGCGAGUCGCUGAUUACAAACUGCAGGUGAUCAUCAUCGGCUCCCGCGGCGUGGGCAAGACCAGCCUGAUGGAGAGAUUCACCGAUGACACCUUCUGCGAGGCGUGCAAGUCCACUGUGGGUGUGGAUUUUAAAAUCAAAACUGUGGAACUGAGAGGGAAGAAGAUUCGCUUACAGAUCUGGGACACGGCUGGUCAGGAGAGGUUUAACAGCAUCACCUCAGCGUAUUACCGCGGUGCGAAAGGCAUCGUGCUCGUCUAUGACAUCACCAAACAGGAAACCUUUGAUGACCUGCCCAAAUGGAUGAAAAUGAUUGACAAGUAUGCGUCAGAGGACGCUGAACUCCUAUUGGUCGGGAACAAGCUGGACUGCGAGUCCGAUCGCAUCAUCUCACGGCAACAAGCUGAGAGGUUUGCUUCACGGAUAUCAGGGAUGCGUUUCUGUGAAGCCAGUGCCAAGGAUAACUUUAACGUUGAUGAUAUGUUUCUUAAACUAGUAGACGACAUUUUGUGUAAGAUGCCACUUGAAGUCCCCAGUAAGGUGCUGUCCAACAGCAUCCUAUCACUUCAGCCCGAGCCCGAAAUUCCACCAGAGCUGCCGCCUUCUCGCAUACGCUGCUGUUGAGAUUCAGCUCCAGGGCAUUAAUUCCCGUACACCUCUCUCAGUGUUAUAACCCAACACAUGCUGUUACAGCCACCAGAGGGCGAUAUGCCCAUACGAAUCAGUAUUACACAUAUUCAUCACUGCAGUAGAUGAUAGACUGACAAACAAUAGACUGUUUUAUUUAACAUAUUCCAUAUUUGGUACUUCUUGAUGCCAAGUAACAUUACUUUCUGACGUCCCGUACUUGCUCUACCUCAUUUCUGGGAAGCACAGGAUUGGGUUUGUCCGACAUGUACCUUCCCUAUUGGAUAACCACUGCCUUUGCACCACAAACAUAUAUGAUAUGAGUGCACGGCAUGCCUUGAAAUGUCAUAACCCAUCAACUCCUAUUUACUAUACGUUACAUUGCCGUUUAAUGCAUUAUUAGUGACCGGAAACACAUUUGCACCAUUUCUGUGGGACAAAAGAGACUCGACCGUGUUUCAUUUCUCUUCCGUGUUUAAAGCACACAUGUGGCAUUUUGGGAUACGUCUUCCAGGUCUCAAAUUAAGAUUUGGCAUUCACAGCGAAGUGGGCGUCAAUUUCAUGCCAGAUGUCAUUUGUUUCUGUCGGCUGUGUGUUUACAUUGUGGUUCGUUCGGCCUGUUGUUAAUCGCCAGCGUGGGGGGAAUUGUCUCAUGCAUUAUGUCUUUGUGCCUUACGUUUUAUCAGUGUUAGGGGGAAUCUCACAAAAACACAUCAGGGUCACACUUCACGCCAAAAAAGAAAAUAAGAAAAGAAAUGAUGUUGUGCAUAAAGAAAAUGAUUCGUACAUGAUUUUCAGUCAUUUCAUUUUUCAGUGUUUAUUUUACUGCAUUACAGCACAACAAAUAUUUCGGUAUUUCUUUUUUUUAUUUUUUAUAUCGACAUAAAUUCAAAGCUGUGCAACAAAUGCAUUAUGCAUAUGCAUCCAUGAUGCACUAAUGCUUUUCAAUUUAAAGAAAUUACAUCAUUAUUAUUACUGUAAUGAGAAUACAUGCAACAAUUGUUCUUGAUAUGGUUCGUGAGAUUCACUCGUUAUUCUUUUGAAGUGUCUAUUGAAUUUAGAUUUAUUUGUUGUGUUUUGCACUACAAUCUAUUAUAGCUAGUUAACAAACAGUUAAAAUGCUGAACUUUAGUGAAGGACCUGUGCACAUGAGAUAAUGUUAUUGAGUGUUGUUGCUCUGCAGUCCGCCGUCAAUGCCAUUUAACUUUAGUUUCACAGAUAAAAGUCAUUCAUUGGCAUUAAUCAUUGUUUUUCAUGUUCAUCAUUUUGCCACGGCUUUGAGUGAAUUUAAGUUAUUGCUGCAAUCCUUGAUUGAUUCAUUUCCUGUUGCCUGUAGAGAUAAGACUGUAUUUAAAGGGCCAGUUCACUGUAAAAUUAAAGUUCUGUCAUCAUUUAUUCACAUUUAAAAAAUAUAUAUUUAUAAUGUUGCCUAUUUUUUAAGAUUUACGCAUUUUAUUUUCAUAGCAAAAUUCCAUCAGAUUGAAUUUUGUGAUGUUUAACUAAAUUAAAUGAAUAUUUAAAAUAAUUAGUUAUUUGAUUUGAUUUAUUAAAGAUUAUUCAAUGCAAUGUUAUGG